GUACCUAAAGCAUCCAUGUUUCAAGCAUGGGUUUCUGUCAAUUUACGCCUUAUCCCCCAUAUUAUUAAAGUCUCAAAAUGACUUGUUAAUCAUCUUCAAUUCACCCAUCAUUUCACCCUUUCUCUAUCUUCACUCAUCCCCAUCUGCUGAUGCUUCAAGUCUAUUUAAGCAUCAGCUGACUUUCAGUACUAAACUACCAAUGAUGAGGAUGGAGAGGGUUCUUUCGUGGACAUGUCAGCUUCUGUUUGUAUCUCUUGUCUUCUUGAGUUAUGCUCACAAGGGGGAUGCUGGGUUAACAAGCACUUUUAUUAGGUCAGAGUGGCCAGCAACUGAUAUACCUCUUGAUAAUGAAGUAUUUGCUGUUCCAAAGGGUCAUAAUGCACCUCAACAAGUGCACAUCACACAAGGUGACUAUGAUGGAAAAGCUGUUAUAAUCUCAUGGGUGACACCUGAUGAACCAGGAUCCAGCAAAGUGCAAUAUGGAACAUCAGAGGAUAAAUUUGAUUUUACUGCAGAGGGUACAGUUGCAAACUACAGCUUUUACAAGUAUAAUUCUGGACACAUCCAUCAUUGUCUUGUUGAUGGUCUUGAGUAUGACAAGAAGUACUAUUACAAGAUAGGAAGUGGUGACUCAUCCCGCAAAUUUUGGUUUCAAACUCCUCCUGAGGUUAAUCCAGAUACUUCGUACAAAUUUGGCAUAAUUGGUGACUUGGGCCAGACAUAUAACUCUCUCUCAACACUUGAGCAUUACCAUCAAAGUGGGGCUCAAGCCAUCUUAUUUGUUGGGGAUCUUUCUUACGCUGACAGAUAUCAUAAAAAUGAUAUUGGAAUGCGAUGGGAUACAUGGGGCCGUUUUGCUGAAAGAAUCGCUGCAUACCAGCCUUGGAUUUGGUCAGCUGGAAAUCAUGAGAUAGAAUACAUGCCUGACUUGGGAGAAGUUGUGCCUUUUAAAUCAUACCUCCACAGAUACGCAACACCUUAUGCAGCUUCUCAAAGCAGUAGUUCUCUUUGGUAUGCUAUCCGGCGCGCAUCUGCCCAUAUUAUUGUGCUCUCCAGCUAUUCUCCCUUUGUGAAAUACACACCACAAUGGAAGUGGCUUAGUGAAGAACUGAAGAAGGUGGACAGGGAAAAGACGCCAUGGUUAAUUGUUUUGAUGCACGUCCCAAUUUACAACAGCAACGAAGCACAUUUUAUGGAGGGUGAAAGUAUGCGAUCUGUCUUUGAGGAAUGGUUUGUUAAUUACAAAGUUGAUGUAAUCUUCGCAGGCCAUGUUCAUGCAUAUGAAAGAUCGUAUCGGAUCUCAAAUAUACGCUAUAAUGUAUCUAGUGGUGAACGUUAUCCUGUACCGGACAAAGCAGCUCCUGUUUAUAUAACUGUUGGAGAUGGGGGAAAUCAAGAAGGUCUUGCGGGAAGGUUCAGAGAUCCACAACCUGAAUAUUCUGCAUUCAGAGAAUCUAGUUAUGGACAUUCAACCUUAGAGAUUAAGAACAGAACACAUGCGUUCUACCACUGGAAUCGAAAUGAUGAUGGAAAGAAAGUGCCUACUGACUCCAUGGUUUUACUGAACCAGUACUGGGCAAGCAAUAAACGGCGAAGAAAGCUGGAGAAGCCACUAUUUGGGAGUGCUGUGUUCUAAUGUUAAUAUUAAAGGGCGAUGCCUUGUAAUGUUAUGUCGUGGUGAAUGAGCAAUAAACGUGUUAUAUGCAUUAGAAAAUCAAUUCCAUGUAUGGUCUAUGGUGUAACUCUAUGGUGCCGGUAACAGAAGUUUCAAGGGAAGAGGUCCGGUAAGCACAUGACCUAGCAGUCACUUGUCGUAAAACUCUAUGGUGCUUUAGUUGGAGAUCUACAUCUCAAAAGUACCAUGUCUUUUCUAUUCUUAUGUUUGCUCCUUUCAUUAGUUGCAACACUUUCCUAUAUCCGAAGUUUUAAAAUCAUUGUUGCAUACCCUUUUUGUAUAUGUGGGUUCUUUCUUUCUUUAUUUAUUUAUUAUUUAGAUAUGUUUUA